AUGACUGCGAUGACGUUUGGCGCAGCAUGUUCGCCAUAUGCAGUUCACUACGUGAAAGUUAAAAACGCCUUAGAACAUCGCACCCAUGAUCCGCGAGCCAUCAAAGCCAUCACCGAAUACCACUACGUGGACGAUUACGUGGACAGUUUCAAUGCUGAAACACAAGCUGUACAGAUAGCCCAACAAGUCCGAGACAUACACAAGGAUGCUGGGUUCAACCUGCGAAAGUUUACGUCGAACUCUACAAAAGUCGCCGAAGCACUAGGUGGUGUGAAGAAAGCAUUACCAAUCUUAUCUAAAGAAGGUGCAGAAUCUGAGAAGGUCUUGGGAAUGUUAUGGCAACCGCCGGAUGAUAAUUUCGCAUACCGGUUGGAAUUUUAUAGAGUCGAUUCGUCAGUGAUCGAAGGCAAGCGCAUUCCCACCAAAAGAGAAUUAUUGAGCAUAGUAAUGUCAAUAUUCGACCCGUUGGGAUUCCUCAGCCACUUUACUAUCUCCGCAAAGUUGGUGUUACGCGAGCUCUGGAAGCGAAGUAUUGGUUGGGACGAACCAGUUCUCAACGAAGUCAAUGCUAUGUGGAGCGUCUUUCGUAAGCAAUUGCUGACAGUUGUUGAGUGCAGAGUCCCGCGCCACUAUUUUCAAAUGGGUCCAUCUAGGAAACUACAGCUGCACGUAUUUGUAGACUCCAGCGAGAACGCAUUCAGCGCAGCAGCUUACUGGAGAUCGGAGAAUAUGAAUCACAUCAUCGAGGUGUCGCUUGUCUAUGCCAAGACUAGGAGCGCACCCAUUAAGCCGCUCACUAUUCCCCGACUCGAGCUACAAGCAGCUGUGUUAGGAACUCGCAUGAUGAAUACAAUAAUAAGUGAACAUAGCGUUCGAGCCAACCGAUGUGUUAUGUGGAGUGAUUCAAGAACGGUUCUUAAGUGGUUAUCUAGCAAACACCGCCGCUAUAAACCGUUCGUGGCACACAGGAUAGCGGAAAUUCUCGAUGUCAGUAAGCCGUCCGAUUGGAGAUGGGUUCCGACGAACCAAAACGUGGCUGACGAGGCAACGCGACCCAACAAGACAAUAAAUCUCAGUCCUUCGUCCCGCUGGUUCACUGGACCUGAGUUUCUAUACAAUAACGAGCAAAUCUGGCCAAAGGACGCUGACGUCGCUGAUGUAGCUGAAGAUGACGAGGAAGAGAUUCGCACAAAAUUUGCCUUUAUUGUCAUUAAGAAGAGUAGUUACCUGGGUGAUACGGUUUUUCUACUAUUGCCGGAGAAGAAUCGGUUCAUCGCAGACCAAUGGGUUGAAAGCAGCGGAGCUUGCAGAAGCGGAUCAUUUACUAUGUCGCCUAGUGCAACGAGAAUCCUACGCCAGUGA